ACCUGAAAGGCUUCAAAAAUAUCCAGUGCUCCGAAACCACCAUAAAAAAGCCAGACUACAGUUUCCAAGUGCACAUGGGGAUCUUACUUUUUGGAGAAAUUUCCUCUGGUCUGAUGAAACAAAAAUUUAACUUUGGCCAUAAUGACCAUUGUUAUGUUUGGAAGAAAAAGGGUGAGGCUUGCAAGCCGAAGAACGCCAUCCCAUCUGUGAAGCAUAGGGGUGGCAACAUCAUGUUGUGGGGGUACUUUGCUGCAGGAGGGACGGGUGCACUUCACAAAAUAGAUGGCAUCACGAGGAAGGAAAUCUAUGUGGAUAUAUUGAAGCAACAUCUCAAGACAUCAGCCAGGAAGUUAAACCUCUGUCAUAAAUGGGUCUUCCAAAUGGACAGUCACCCCAAGCAUACCUCCAAAGUUGUGGCAAAAUGGCUUAAGGACAACAAAGUUAAGGUAUUGGAGUGGCCAUCACAAAGCCCUGACCUCAAUCUGAUAGAAAAUGUGUGGGCAGAGCUAAACGAGCGUGUGCGAGCAAGGAGACCUACAAACCUGACUCAGUUACACCAGGUGUGUCUGGAGGAAUGGCCAAAAUUCUAGCAACUUAUUGUGAGAAGCUUGCGGAAGUCUACCCAAAAGGUUUGACCCAAAUUAAAGGGGUUGUACUUGCUUGUUUUGAUUAUUGGGGGGUUACCUCUCCCCAUCCCCCUUGGAAUCUACACCCCUGGUGUCAUGUGACUAUGCAAAUAGACAGACACUUCAGAAAAGCCAAGAUCGCUUGCAUCAGAAGACAAAGCGUGAGCACAGUACAUUGCGUGAUAGCAGAUGGCAAAGGCUUUGAAGAAGUCAGGGGUCUACCCCUUCCUCGCUUUGUGAUGGGCAAGAACGAGCUGGAGACGAGGCAUGCGGCCAUGUUUGCAGAUGCAGAGAACCAGGGGCCCUUCUCUGGCGUCAUCCCCAGACCUCCAGGCAGAGUGCAAACCAAAAAAUUGUCAACCCAUGAGAUGAUUCAGCCCUGUGUGCCCACCGUCGAUCCCCAGCCGGACACCACGUCUCCUGUCGUGUCCCCACACCAGUCCCCUCCCACUUCGCCCCAUGCCUGGAGGACGCACAAACGGCAGGCCAGUGGUGGAAACGUGGAUAGACAGCCCUCAGUGCCGGGAGUUGUUUGGCCACCUUUUAGAGAAGCACAGCCAGGACCAGUAACAGGUGAUGGGAUGUGGUCUGCCCACUCGCCCCCUCCUGUCCAAGAAAGCUGGGUCAGCUUUAGAGACACGCCCCCCUCCAGCACACUUCCAAUGCAUCCCUCCUCAGCUCAGCCGGAGAGCAUAACAGGACGAACUGUGCUGUCUGCAAUGACUACAAAUGAAAUCCAAAGACAGACUAGCGGUUAUGAUGACCCCUGGAAAAUCACAGAUGAGCAAAGACAGUAUUACAUAAACCAGUUUAAGACCAUUCAGGCUGAUCUCACUGGUUUAAUCCCUGGCUCUGCCGCGAAGGAAUUCUUUACGAAGUCGAAACUGCCUAUUCUAGAACUGUCUCACAUUUGGGAGCUAUCAGAUUUUGAUAAAGAUGGUGCACUGACCCUGGAUGAAUUCUGUGCUGCAUUCCAUCUUGUGGUUGCAAGAAAAAACGGUUAUGACCUUCCAGAAAAGCUCCCAGAGAGUCUAAUGCCAAAGCUUAUUGACUUGGAUGACUCAGCAGGAGUCCCAGAAGCUGCCCCCGAGGUGGGCUUCUCUGCUUCCCCUGUGGAGGUCACUCCAAACAAGUCUCCAUCCAUGCCUUCCCUGAACCAGAACUGGCCUGAGCUCAACCAGAGCAACGAGCAGUGGGAGACUUUUAGUGAACGCUCCUCAAGCUCACAAACUCUGACCCAAUUUGAUUCUAACAUUGCACCAGCUGACCCUGAUACAGCAAUAGUCCACCCUGUGCCCAUUCGCAUGACGCCCAGCAAGAUCCACAUGCAAGAAAUGGAGCUCAAGAGAACUGGAAGUGAGCACACACAUCCAACUAGUCCACUGAUGGCUAAACCACCAGAGCUCACAGAUGAGGCUAAACUUGCAACAGCAAUUAAGUUUCCUGGUGCCACUGUCGACCCAUUAGCCUUCCCUCCUACAGGAGAUGGCUAUAGCAGCUCAGAUUCAUUUACAUCGGAUCAAGAACCCAUUUCCAGUGCUGUGAACAGGCAAAGGUCUCAUUCUGGGACGUCUCCGGAGGGACUGAAAGUUGUCGCUCCGCCCCCACCUCCACCCCGCCCCCACGCCUCCCACUCACGGUCCUCCUCUUUAGACAUGAACAGAACCUUUGCUGCCGUUCCUGCAGCAGGUUCUCAGCAGGCAGGUGUAGUGGCCUUUCCUCCAGCAGUGCCUCCAAGACCACUGCCCACACAGACAUCAGUGCCACAAGGUCACCGUUCUGUAGAGGGAGACGGUCUUCCAGUACAUACCAGCACUUCACCUCAUCAAAUCCCAGAACAGCCCAACUUUGCUGACUUCAGCCAGUUCCAGGCUUUUGCUGUGGAUCAGCCAGCAGAUGAUGCAGAGAAACUAUCAGACAGUGGACAGGCAGAAAGAUGUGCAGAAGCUACCGUGACUAUUAGAACAGUGAAGAAUGACAUUCAGGCAGAAGAAAAAAAUCCAGCCACUGUCAACUCUGCCAAAGUAUCCACUCCAUUGGCCCCGCCUCCCAAACCCAUCCGUCGAAGACUGAAAUCAGAAGACGAGCUCAGACCAGAUAUAGAGGACCUCCCGCAAAAGUCUAAUGUCAUAGCCACUGUUCUAGCAACACAGCCCUCAAUUCCAAGGUCUAUUGGUAAGGAUAAGAAGGCCAUCCAGGCUUCCAUUAGAAGAAACAAAGAAACUAAUACGGUUUUAGCCAGACUCAACAGUGAAUUACAGCAGCAAUUGAAGGACCUGCUAGAAGAAAGAAUAUCGCUUGAAGUGCAACUGGAACAGCUUAGGCCUUUUUCGCAUUUGUAACCGGAGUGUGUGUGUGUGUACGCACACUUCAAAUUGAAUGUGUGGAUGUAAAGAGUGAAUAACCCCUGUUUUUUUGUUUUUUUUUUUUGUUUUUUGAAUGGUCAGUUGGAUCCUCUGGUAGGAUGUCCAUUUCACCCCCCGUCUCCACUCCUCUGACCAUUUGAGAAGAGACAAAUUUGCUGCUUCCUCCAGAGUGCUCAGUCUCACAUAGCCAGAGGCCCCAAGAAUGGGGACGUUCAGAGGGACGGGGGCCCCGAACAUUAUCUGUUAUGGCACUUUGAUGCAACAGAGUCUGAGUGAUUGUAUAUUUAGUCCCCACCCCCCUAACAGGACAGGUAAUAUUAGAAUAGACUAUGAGGCAAGGGCCUGUUUACAGGGUAAAGGAGGCUGUACCUGAAGCACUCCCUUUCCCUUCUGUUCACAGUGGUGAAUAUCCAGAGAAAUCGAGGCAGCUUGUCACGUUCUUCCAUGUUAGAGGCAACCAUUUGUGCUCAGACAAUCAUGCGAGGCUGUGCACUUGCCAAGAAGAGGGGAGAACUGAUAUUUGGGAGAUCUUUCUCUUUUACAAAAGUACGCUUAAAGGGAUAUUUCACCCGAAAAUGUUGUCGUUAUUUACUCACCCACAUAUUGUUCCAAGCCUGUAUGAACACAAAAGUAUUUUGGACUUUUUUUCCAUGCAGUUACAGUGAAUGGGGACUGAGGAUUUCAAGCUUCAGAAGUAUAAUAAAAUUGGUCCAUAGGACUUCUGCGCUACAUUCUAAGUCUUCUGAAGUCAUACAAUAGCUUUGUGUGAGUAACAGAUCGAAAGUAAGUCAUUAUUCACUGAUAAUCUUCCCCUCCAGUGAGCUGUUAACCACUGCAACCAGAUCAAUGAGUCAUUGAGCUUAACUCGUGAACCGGAUCAGUCUGAUUCUUGAUUUUUAACUGAAUAAAUUAAUUAAAAAGAUCAGACUCCAAAGAGUGUAACAUAAUGACUUCAAAUUCAGUCUGUUCCUCACACAAAGCUAUCGUGUGGCUUCAGAAACUUUGAUAUAGCACACAACUCAAAUGAACCACUUUUCUAUGUUUAUGGUGCGUUUUUGUCAUUUUGGAGCUUAACAGCCCCAGUCCUCAUUCAUUUUGAUAAUAUGGAAAAGAGUGAACAGGAUAAAAAGUUUUUGUGUUCUAUGGAAGAAAGUAAGUUAAAUGGGAUUGGAAUGAUAUGAGUGUGAAUAAAUGAUGACAUCAUUUUCAUUUGGGAGUUAUCUGUUCCUUUAAGACUGAUUCUGAUCAAAUCAGUCUAAAUCUCUUUCAUAAAACUUCCUGGACAACACGUCUGUGUUUGAUGUUUCAUGUGUGUGAGAGAAAGUUUAAGGAUAACAGUUACAAAUGUAUGGCAUCAAAGACUGCUUUAUUUUCGUCUCAUAACACACAGUGUGGUAUAACAAUUCAUUCAACCUUGUACAGUUUACCUCGGGAUGACAAAUACACUUCUGUUCUCCCACAUCUUAAAGUUUGCUUGUAUCUCGCACGGUACAACAUCAGAUUCCAUCCUGCAUCAAAAACGUUGUCAUCAGUACAAAAACGUGAGACCUGAAAAAAUGAAUGCACUUUGCCCCCUUCACUUUCAUGUCUUUCCUCGUCACAAUUUUUGCAUGUCGUUUCACAAUCUUAUUUUGUAUAAAACGGCUCUUAACAUCGAA